UCCUCCUCCUCCUCCUCCCUCCUCCCUCGUCAUUGACAGCUUUGCGACCCGGUCAAUCCGUCAGACAGGGAGGAUCUUGGGGAGGAGGGCGCCAAGGCAGGGAGAGGACGAAAGGCGAUCACCUCUGGCCGGUUUGAUCCAAUCGCCAAUAACCACCGCGGGCUUAGGGGGGGAACCUGCGCCUCUCUCUCCGUACAUGAGGACGACACAGCGGCUUCACCGGGGGGAUUUUCACGCUUGAGUCCAGAGAUCCAAAACGGCGAGAUUACACCGAGACUAUUGGCAGGUUGAUCUGAACAAACAAUAAUACAGGGGGGCGGACAGGAGCGGUUACGCAGCGGUCUCCACAUAAACUCCCCGGAAUACAAAUCCAGGUGGUGGUUGGAGAAAAAGCACAGCCCAGUGCUGGAUCCCAGAGGGACUGUCAGUGUGGUAAGGACCCUUGAAACGAAGGAGGGUGCAUGGAGGGUUCAAGGCCUGUGAAGCCAGGUUCGUCAGCCUGCCUCUGGUUGGGGCUGGUCUCCGUUGCUGUAGCCUUCCUUUGUACAGAGGCCCGGACCACUCCGAGCCCUCUGCUCAGCCCCAGCAAUGCCACCUGCGCGGGGAACUCCAAGUGUCAUCAAGGGAUCAUCCUGCCCAUCUGGUAUCCCGAGGAUCCCUCCAUGGGAGACAAAAUCGCACGGGUCAUCGUAUAUUUUGUGGCGAUGAUCUACAUGUUUCUCGGAGUGUCCAUCAUUGCCGACCGCUUCAUGGCGGCCAUUGAGGUCAUCACCUCCCAGGAGAAAGAGAUCGUGAUCAAAAGGCCCAACGGAGAAACGACCACCACCACGAUCCGAGUGUGGAAUGAGACGGUCUCGAACCUCACCCUCAUGGCCUUGGGCUCUUCUGCCCCUGAGAUUCUGCUCUCUGUGAUUGAGGUUUGUGGACAUGAGUUCAAAUCUGGCGAGCUUGGGCCUGCCACAAUUGUUGGCAGUGCAGCCUUCAAUAUGUUUGUCAUCAUCGGCCUCUGUGUGUCCGUCAUUCCCCAAGGAGAGGUACGCAAGGUCAAACACCUCAGAGUGUUCUUCAUCACCGCAGGCUGGAGCAUCUUUGCUUACAUCUGGCUCUACAUGAUCCUGGCUGUGUUUUCUCCUAACGAAGUCCAGGUCUGGGAGGGUCUACUCACUCUGGCCUUCUUCCCCAUAUGUGUACUCCUUGCCUGGGUUGCAGACAGACGACUUCUCUUCUACAAGUUCAUGCACAAGAAGUAUCGCACCGACAAGCACAGGGGUGUCAUCAUCGAGACGGAGACUGAGCGCUCCAAGGGGAUCGAGAUGGACGGCAAGAUGGUCAACUCUCACUUCAUGGAUGGCAGCGCUGCGAGCAAUCUUAUCGGUUUGAUUGAGAGCAAAGAGGUGGACGAGUCCCGGCGCGACAUGAUCCGCAUCUUGAAAGACCUGAAGCAGAAGCACCCAGAGAAAGAGAUGGAUCAGCUGGUCGAGAUGGCCAACUACUACGCCCUCUCGCACCAGCAAAAGAGCCGUGCCUUCUACCGCAUCCAAGCCACGCGCAUGAUGACCGGUGCGGGAAAUAUCCUGAAGAAACACGUCGCAGAGCAGGCGAAGAAGAGCACCAGCGUGCAGGAGGUGCAUGUGGAGGAGCCGGAAGAGUACGUGUCUCGAAUUGCGUUUGAGCCUGCCGUCUAUCAGUGCCUCGAGAACUGUGGUGCUGCCAUUCUGACCAUCGCCAGAAAGGGUGGCGACAUCAACAAGACGAUCUACGUGGAUUAUAAGACGGAGGACGGCUCGGCGAAUGCCGGGGCUGACUACGAAUUCACAGAAGGUACGGUAGUGUUCAAACCAGGAGAGAUGUUCAAGGAAAUAAACAUUGGCAUCAUAGAUGACGACAUCUUUGAAGAGGACGAGCACUUUUUCGUGCGGCUCAGUAAUCUGCGCGUCCUGGAGACCGAGGACGAAGUGCUGUCCGCCAACAGUCUCCCGUACCCAAAGGCCAUGCUGGGCUUCCCCAGCGUGGCCACUGUGACCAUCCUGGACGACGACCAUUCGGGCAUCUUCACCUUUGAGAGCAACUCGGUGCACGUCAGCGAGAGCAUAGGUAUUAUGGAAGUGAAAGUGCUGAGGACUUCUGGAGCAAGGGGGACGGUCAUUGUGCCUUAUCGCACCAUGGAGGGACUCGCCAAAGGCGGAGGGGAGGACUUCGAAGACACCUACGGAGAGCUGGAGUUCAAGAACGACGAGACCUGCAAAGUUAUUCACGUGAAAGUUAUUGACGAUGAGGAGUAUGAGAAAAACAAGAACUUCUUCCUGGAGCUGGCCGAGCCUCGCAUGGUAGACAUGAGUCUGCAGAAAGCCAUGUUGUUAUCUGGCGAUGUACCAGACAGGAAGCUGACAUCAGACGAGGAGGAAGCCAGGCGCAUCGCAGAGAUGGGAAAGCCGGUGCUGGGGGAAAACUCCAAGCUGGAAGUCAUUAUUGAGGAAUCGUACGAGUUUAAGAGCACGGUGGACAAGCUGAUCAAGAAGACCAACCUGGCUCUGGUGGUGGGAACAAACUCCUGGAGAGAGCAGUUCAUGGAGGCCAUUACAGUCAGUGCAGAUGAGGACGAAGAGGACACAGGGGAAGAACGGCUGCCGUCCUGUUUCGACUACGUCAUGCACUUCCUCACCGUCUUCUGGAAGGUCCUGUUCGCUUGUGUUCCUCCCACGGACUACCUGAACGGCUGGGCCUGUUUCGUCGUCUCCAUCAUCAUCAUCGGCCUGCUCACGGCCGUCAUCGGGGACCUGGCGUCUCACUUCGGCUGCACCAUCGGCCUCAAGGACUCGGUCACCGCCGUGGUGUUUGUGGCACUCGGUACAUCUGUCCCAGACACCUUUGCCAGUAAAGUCUCCGCGGUCCAGGACACCUACGCGGACGCCUCCAUCGGGAAUGUGACCGGCAGCAACGCCGUCAACGUCUUCCUCGGGAUCGGCAUGGCCUGGUCGGUGGCGGCCAUCUACUGGCACAUGCAAGGAAAGCCGUUCGUGGUGGAGGCCGGCUCGCUGGCUUUCUCCGUCACUCUCUUCACCAUCUUCGCCUUCCUGGCCAUCUCGGUGCUGCUUUACCGGCGCCGGGCCCACAUCGGAGGAGAACUGGGCGGGUCCCGGGGACACAGACUGGCCACGUCAGCCUUCUUUUUUGGCCUCUGGUUCCUUUACAUCCUCUUCUCCAGUCUGGAGGCCUAUUGUCAUAUAGACGGCUUCUAAAACAGACUUCAAGCGUGAGAGAAUACACACAUACAGGGGUUUAAAGUACAACUUCAGAGGUAAUAGAGUGAAUUCUCACUGUGGAAUUUGGGUCAGGCUUGUACGGUAUGAAAGGACAGGAGAGGUAAACCCGGGGUUUUUCCCAGACACCCCCUCUCCCUCUCUCCCUCUCUCUCUCUCCCUCAACCCCUUCUGUAAGGACGCUUGGAGGUGUGCAUCCUGCCCUCUAGUGCCGACAGGCCGGCUAUAGGAGAGCCGUCCUGAGCCUGAGCGCGAGUGUGCUUACAGUUGGGAUUGGGUUACCACCAGAAGUCCAGAAGAUGCCGAUUCCCCGGGGGGGUGCUCCUGCAUUCCACCGGAAGAGAGACUGCAGUCUUAUUAUCCGGAGAGAGUUGAGUUAAUCAGAGGUAUAUUUUUGUCUCAACAUCUGACGAGAACGACUUUUUUUAAAAAGUAUUUUGGGGAUAAAAACGCAAAAAAUAAACAAAACAAAACAAAAAAAAUCUAAUAAACAAAAGACACACACACGAACACACACACACACACACACACAAAGAGGAAUAAAAGAACUAUUUUCUGAUCUACGCUAAGGAAUAAUAAAAAGAUUAUAUCGUAUAUGGGAAUAUGUUGAGUGACAGUGGGAUGGAUUCAUAGUAUUUAUUUUUAUUUGCAUAGUUUCCUAAGGAGCACUGCAGAGUUCUCAGAAAUCACACAGAGAUGAUGAAGAGGAAGAAGAGGAGCGACAGUGACAGUUCAUACUGGCAGAUGAAUCACCAUUCAACCCGGCGAGGAGGACGAGGUGGACACAGUGAACAUGGUCAAACUGCCCUGGACAUUACUUCCGUACUCUCUACGUAUCUAUAUAUAAUAUAUUUCCAUAUUUUCUGUAUAUUUUGAAUAUUUGUUUAAAUGUGGUCACCUUCUGCUCUAACAACAGAGGAUUUGCUGUGGCUAAAGCGGGACGGGGGAGGAGGGCGGGGCGGGGGGGUUCGAUUAUAUACUGGAACGAUGUCUUCACAUUUCUAAGAGUUAUGUAUCUUGCCUAGGUAAAAAGUAUGACAUUGUAUUUUAUUUAUUUACUGAUAUCUUGGUCUCACUCGAGUUUUCACCUUUUCAAUCAGAAAUCCGAUAAAAGAAAAAAAAACGACAAAAAAAAACAACAACAACGUGUUGCUGCAGAGGAAAAUUCAGAGGUAUUUUUCUACUUGUUCCUUCCAUGCACUUUGCUGUAUAGAUCUAUUUAUGGAGACUUCUACUUGUACAUGUGCAAAAAGGCCAAUAUUAACGGUGUCACUAUGGACUGAACAGAGUGCCUGUGGACGGAGAGGCGACGAGCUCUUUGCUCAGCUCCACCUGAAGAGUUUCUACCUAAAAUGGUGCAAUAACCAUUUUUUAAAGCUGCAUUAUUACAUUUUUUUAUUUUUUUGGACACCUGGGGGCAGCAGAACUCGCUAAAAAACAAAAAAACACACAACAUCUGCCAUAUUUUGACCUCGUACAACGUCCUGAUGCCACAAUCUGCUAGCUGCUGUAUCUCAGUGCAAAGAUGAGGGCUUCUUUCAUCCGUAUUUCUGGAAAGAGUUAAUCAUUUUCCUACUUUUUCAAAUGAAAAAAAAGGAGUUUUCUGAUUUUAAUCAAAAUUAAGCAACAAUUCAUUUGUUAGCACACAAAAAGCUGCAGCGCGUUAUCUUACAUUAUCAUAUCUUGGUUUCAAACAUCACCAAAAUUCUCUUAUGACGUUAUUUUUCCAACUUUUUAGCUCUAAUUUCUGACGUCUAUAACACCCUUCAGCGGUCUGUGACUUUUAACCAAUCAUCCGGGGCAUAUUAUGCAAAAUCCCACUAAAAACUGAAAUAUUAAAUUAGUUAUAUAUAAUAUAAAUGAUCCUCCCUGACUCGAAAACAUACUGAACAACGCAACAAAAGGCCUGCUGUUGAGUUAGGUCACGUUCAAAGGCUGAAAUCACCUUUUACAAUCAAACAUCGCUGUUUCAUAGAGAGUUAAAUAUUGUUUCAUGCAGCUUCUCACUGUAAAAUCUGUAUUUUCUGGGUGUUUCAUUGACGAAUGACACAUUUUUGGACAUUAUGUAAAGAGUAGGUGUCAGCGAUGCUCAUUUUGGAUUGAAACUCUUCAGUGAAGCAGCUGUGCAGAGGCGAGGCCUCCGUUGUGGGUUGUCAGAGCAGCAGAUCGCUGCUUGCAGGUUGAAUUUAAAAGCAUAGCCUGAUAUUGAUAUUGAUACUGAAUGCUGUUUAAACACACGACUGGUGCUUUGUUUUUAAAAACAAGAGUUUAAAAAAAAGAGAAAUUACACGUUUGAAACUCCAGAGAGCAGCAGAAAAAAAUAUGUUUAUUACCUUAAUUUGCAUAAAGGUGUAUGUUAGUAUAUAAUCAGUCAGUUUUUGGCUAAUUUAAAAAUCACCCAAGAGAUUACCAAAGAGGUGGGAUGCAACAUCUGUUUUAAAAAAAUAAUAAAAUAAAAUUUAACCAAAAAAAAAAAAAAAGAAAAAGUGAAAGUUAGUGGCAGUGACACUGUAUUUCCACAAGGGGGAUGUCAGUCUCCAGUCCCUGUGGUCGUCCCUUCUUCUACUUCUCUACUUAGCACUCCUCCUCCUCCUCCUCCUCCUCAGUGUUCUUCCUUGGUGGUGAGCAGUGAUGUAAAUACGUCUGGAUGCUCCUUCUCGGCCCUGGACCACCUCACCUGCUCACCCCUCCUCACUCUGUCUCUCUCUCUAACUCUCUUACAUGUAAACACUCACACAUUCGGAUCAAGAUCGACGGGUCCACUGCUGCACAAGGAAGGGAGGAACAGUUGGGCUUGGUUGUCCCAUUCAGAGGCAACACACACACACACACACACA